AUGUCUCACGGGACCUACUAUGAGUGUGAGCCCCGGGGCGGCCAGCAGCCACUUGAGUUCUCGGGGGGCCGAGGUGGGCCUGGGGAGCUGGGGGACAUGUGUGACCAUGAGGCCUCCAUCGACCUUUCUGCCUACAUCGAGUCUGGGGAGGAGCAGCUCCUCUCUGACCUCUUUGCUGUGAAGCCAGCGCCUGAAGCCCGAGGCCUUAAGGGCCCUGGAACCCCCACCUUCUCCCACUACCUGCCACCUGAUCCGCGGUCCUUUGCCUACCCCCCACAUACCUUCGGCCCAGACAGGAAGGCAUUGGGACCUGGCAUCUACAGCAGCCCAGGGAGCUAUGACCCCAGGGCUGUGGCAGUGAAGGAGGAGCCUCGGGGGCCAGAGGGCAGCCGAGGUGCCAGCCGAGGCGGCUACAAUCCCCUGCAGUACCAAGUGGCACACUGUGGGCAGACGGCCGUGCACCUGCCCCCAACCCUGGCGGCUCCAGGCCAGCCCCUGCGCGUGCUCAAGGCCCCUUUGGCAGCUGCUGCACCCCCCUGCAGCCCCCUUCUUAAGGUGCCCUCCCCAGCUGGCCCCUUGCACAAGGGCAAGAAGGCAGUGAACAAAGACAGCCUGGAGUACCGGCUGCGGCGGGAGCGCAAUAAUAUCGCCGUGCGCAAGAGCCGGGACAAGGCCAAGAGGCGCAUUCUGGAGACUCAGCAGAAGGUGCUGGAGUACAUGGCUGAGAAUGAGCGCCUUCGCAGCCGGGUGGAGCAGCUCACCCAGGAGCUGGACACCCUCCGCAACCUCUUCCGCCAGAUCCCUGAGGCUGCCAACCUCAUCAAGGGUGUGGGGGGCUGCAGCUGA